AUGGCCUAUGCCUUUGUGCAUGACCUAGCGGCCAAGUACCAUACACUAAAGGGAGUCCCGCUUGUGUAUCAGAAGACCAUUCGAGAUUCAUUCCCAAUUUUUCUAGUAUCCCAACCUGGAGAGCAGUUCAUUUACAGCCCAGGUAUUGAUUGGGCUGGCUUGAUGGUCGAGCCUGUCACUGGUAUGAAGCUCAGUAAAUUCAUGAGGAAGAACAUAUUCGAGCCUGUGUCAGCCCACGACGUGACAUUCCAUCUCGAGCAACGAGAAGACCUUCGGGCACGCCGAGUAACGCUAUGGGAGAGAGAUAUGACCGACUUGAAAGAGGUGACUGAUUUCUGGUGGCCCGACCCUGCUAUUGAUGACAUUGGAGGUGGGGGUAUCUACACCACUGUUCAUGAUCUUUUAAAGAUAUAUCUUGGAGUCUUACAGGGCAAGCUACUUCACUCUACAACUCUCAAAGUUAUGUUCAGUCCACAGUUGGAGAGUCGUAAGGGACUGGAUGUACCGGAGAUUUACAAUGUCAACAGUCGCAACGCGAUUUACAAUUCCAUUCCCAACGACAUUCCAAGCGACUUUGGAAUUGGAGGAUUGGUUAAUACUGAGAAGGUAUCCGGUAGGCGCAGCGAAUAUUCGCUGACUUGGUCCGGAAUGCGGAAUUGUUACUGA